AAAUAUCAAUCAAUCAUUAUAUUUCUUAACCAAGUAGAAACAGGAGAUCAUCUCAUAUUAUUAUAAAAAACUAUUGAUAAGCACUUCAACGCCGUUUCUUCUUCUUCUUCUCCUCCGUCUCUUCAUCAUCAUCGCAACCUUCGGGCAUCAAAUCUCCCAGGGUUUAUUACGAUCUGAGGUGUAGGUGUUUAAUCAACAAGAAUGUUUACACGGCUAUUCGGGAAACCCAAGGAGGAGACUAAUACUCUCCACACAUUAGGCAAGCUUAAUGAGACACUUGAGAUGCUGGAGAAGAAGGAAUCUGUUCUUCUCAAGAAAGCUGCUGGAGAGGUUGAGAGAGCCAAAGAAUUCUCCAAGGUCAAGAACAAACGCGCGGCUAUACAAUGUUUGAAAAGGAAGAGGUUAUACGAGCAACAAGUUGAACAGCUUGGCAACUUCCAGCUCCGUAUUCAUGAUCAAAUGAUUAUGUUAGAAGGUGCAAAAGCAACAACUGAGACUGUAGAUGCUUUGAGGACUGGUGCUGCUGCUAUGAAAGCUAUGCAGAAAGCUACAAACAUUGACGAUGUUGACAAGACAAUGGAUGAGAUCAAUGAGCAGACCGAUAACAUGAAACAGAUCCAGGACGCAUUGUCCGCUCCAUUUGGCUCCGCCGCUGAUUUCGAUGAGGAUGAAUUGGAAGCAGAACUUGACGAACUUGAAGGCUUAGAGCUAGAGGACCAACUUCUUCAGCCAGCAAGACCACUUCCUGAAGGAAAGCUACCUGCUCGUCCUCUACCUCAGAAGAAACAGACUGCUGAUGAAGAAGAUGAACUCGCUGCACUACAGGCUGAGAUGGCACUAUAAACACACAACCAACGGGUUCUAUUUUUACUGCAGCGGAAGUUGGUGUUGGAAGAUGGGGUUUGAGUGUGCAUUAUUUUAAAAAAAAAAAAACAGAAACGAAGAUUGUUAUGUAAAUUAAAGUAUCCGAGUCAAAUUGAUCGGAUACAUUAUUUUAUAUACAAUUUGACUUAUAUAACUUAUAAGCUUUUAUUUAUUUUUAUUUUGAAUGUUU